GCUCUGUCGGUGGUGAGCGACGACCAGUCCCUCUUUGACUCCACGUACGGCGCUGCCACUCACCUCCCCAAGGCAGACAUGACAGCCUCAGGGAACCCUGACUAUGGCCAGCCGCACAAAAUCAACCCUCUGCCUCCCCAGCAGGAGUGGAUUAAUCAGCCCGUCCGGGUCAAUGUAAAAAGGGAAUAUGACCACAUGAAUGGAUCGAGGGAGUCCCCCGUAGACUGUAGUGUGAACAAAUGCAGCAAGCUCAUCGGAGCAGGGACAGAGUCCAACCCCAUGAGUUACAGCACCUACAUGGACGAGAAGAACGGGCCUCCUCCCAACAUGACCACCAACGAGAGGAGAGUCAUUGUCCCAGCAGAUCCCACCCUAUGGACCCAGGAACACGUGCGCCAGUGGCUGGAAUGGGCUAUAAAGGAAUAUGGAUUAAUGGAGAUUGACACCACCAUCUUUCAGAAUAUGGAUGGCAAGGAGCUCUGCAAAAUGAACAAGGAUGACUUCCUUCGAACCACCUCCCUCUACAACACAGAAGUUCUGUUGUCUCACCUCAGUUACCUCAGGGAAAGUAGCUCACUGCUCGCCUAUAAUACUCCAUCCCACACAGAAGCUUCCUCACGUCUUGCCACCAAAGAAGGCCCUCCUGUUGCAGGGACACAAAAUGUGAAUAAGACAACAGAACAGCAACGGCCCCAGCCAGAUCCCUAUCAAAUCCUGGGGCCCACCAGUAGCCGUCUUGCCAAUCCAGGGAGCGGGCAGAUCCAACUGUGGCAGUUCCUGCUGGAGUUGCUGUCGGACAGUUCCAACGCCAGCUGUAUCACGUGGGAAGGGACCAAUGGGGAAUUCAAGAUGACGGACCCUGACGAAGUGGCACGGCGCUGGGGAGAACGCAAAAGCAAGCCCAACAUGAAUUACGACAAGCUGAGCCGAGCCCUCCGAUACUACUAUGAUAAGAACAUUAUGACCAAAGUGCAUGGCAAAAGGUAUGCUUACAAAUUUGACUUUCAUGGCAUUGCCCAGGCUCUUCAGCCUCAUCCCACUGAAUCAUCGAUGUACAAGUAUCCAUCAGAUCUCUCCUACAUGCCGUCUUACCAUGCCCAUCAGCAGAAGGUGAACUUUGUACCCCCACAUCCCUCUUCUAUGCCUGUCACAUCAUCCAGUUUCUUUGGAGCAGCCUCACCUUAUUGGACCUCCCCUGCAGGAAGCAUUUACCCAAAUCCCAAUGUCCCUCGCCAUCCCAACGCCCAUGUAUCACCACACUUGGGCAGCUAUUACUAGAUGCUUUUAUCUUCAAGUGGCCUUUAUCAGUCUGGUUGAACUUUUUCUUUACUUCUGGGAUUUUUAUGGUUUUUUGGGGGACCCUUAAUGGAUAAUUGUGGCCUUUCUGGGGAAGAAUUAAAACUGGAUAUUGGUUAUUCCUGGACCAAACCUUUUACUUUUGUAACUUUGCCUCUUGUGUCUUGAACUGAGAGAUGGAUGCUUCUUUGGGCCAGUACUCUGCAUUUUCUUUGGUUUUUAAUGCUUAUGUCCUCUGUAGGAAUUGACGAUGAAGAUUGUUUGCAAUUACCUGGAACGAUUAUUAGCUUUUUGGUGUGAGAAGUUUUUCAGGAUUCAAAGGCUUUUGACAAGACAUAGAUCCAAGUGUGGGUCGUAGGAAAAGAUGACUACAUGGGGUUUUUUUCUCGCUGUGGAGAGGGUAGGACACUUGACCAUUCAGUGGAGGACAUUGGGCUGCAGGGGACCGCAACUGGAAUCUUAGCUUUAAGGCAGAUGAGGAUGUUCACCCAACUGGAAAUUAAAUAUAUAUAUAUAUAUUCAUAUAUAUAUAUGU